GAGAACGGCCCUGAACAGGCGUCGCCACGUACCGUCGUGGAUUUACUGCAGGCCUUGAACAUUAUUCGGCAUUCUGUCAACAAAUAAUUAGCAUCAUGAUCAGACGUGGUAGAUCUGAAGGAUGGUUCAGCCUCUCUUGCACCGCCUGGCAGUCUUGGGCGUCUCUGAAUGGCGUUACACUAAAUGGCGCCUCCGUUGAUAGAGUCGCUCACAAAGGAUGUGCAGUCCUCGCAACCCAAGAUCUAAGAGCUGCUGAGCAUCACUACAUUAUGACCGUGCCCCGAGAACUUGUUGUGUCUCUCGAGAGCAUUGAGAUCCAAGCCAAGUCGGACAAACAUCUGGCAGAGAUUCUCGCAGCCCUGGGCUCAUUCGGAAGGACGACUCGAGGAGCUGUAUUAUGUAGUUUGCUCAUGCAGGUCACAAUCGCCUGUCCUGAUGUUCCGAGAGGUGUUGGAGUCUCAACCCCAUGCACAGAUUAUGUUAAAUUUCUACCUGAGGAGCUGUUGCCAACAUUCUGGAACGACGACGAAUUGGAGCUGUUGAAAGGAACCUCGUUGCACAUCGCAACACAAACUAAGAUAAAAAGUCUGACUCGUGAGUUUCAGCAAUUUCGCGACGCUACUCAGGAAAUCGCCUGGUGCAAGGCGUAUUGGUGGAAAGACAAUGGUAUGGCCUUCGAUGACUGGAAACAAGUCGACGCGAUGUAUCGCUCUAGAGCCCUCGAGUUUCCCGGAAUCGGAGACGCCAUGGUUCCAGGAAUUGACAUGGCUAAUCACGCGUCUGGAGAUGCGACAGGAGCGCUGUAUGAGACAGAUGAGAAUGGUGACGCUGUGUUACAGCUGAAAGAUGACGUAAAAUUCCGAGACGGGGACGAGAUUACCAUCACGUAUGGUGACGAGAAAGGCGCCUGCGAAAUGAUCUUCUCUUACGGGUUCAUAGAUGAUGAGAUGGGCUCUGCGAAAGUUAUAUUCUUAGAACUUAGCAUUCCAGAAGAUGAUCCACUCAAGCCCGCGAAAGUCUUCGUAGCGACCUCGGCGCCGGGUUUCCGAGUGUUCGAAAAUGCAGGUCAAGUCCUUUGGGAAGGUGAUUUCGUUUACAUUGCCUGCGUCAACGAGGAGGAUGGUUUAGAAUUCAAGAUUAUACAAGCAAACAGCGGAGAACGGGAGCUUCAGUCGUUUUGGAAAGAAGUACAAAUCACGGAGAUGGAGUCCUUGAAAACUUACUUGCAGAAUGACCCAAUGUGGCAUGUCUUUCAGCUUCGAGCUAUCGUACUUCUACAAGGGCGGGUUAAAGAGCAACUCGAAUUGUUGCAGCAGUCAGAUUCAAGGACACGUGAGGAAAUAGUAAGUGAGACCAUCCGUGAUGGGCCGAGGCGUAUGGCUGCAAGGCUACGAGAGCUGGAGCUCGACCUGUUGGAGAGGGCAUAUGCAAUGUUCGAAGAAAAGAAAACUGAAAUGCUGGAGUCUCCUGUUGUCAAGAAAUAUCUUGGCCAGGAGGAUGUCGACUAGGUCUACGUGGAUCCCGCUCUAGCUAUGAACACCGCUCAGCAUUGUCGAGUGUCGGUCACGAAUUGCAUGUAUUGUGGCAUCAGCCUGCAUUUCACGCACGUAUAAGUUCGAGCACGACCCUGAGCCGUUAUCCAUACGAUUCUCUGAUCACAACUGAAACGAAAGACUUGUCUGAACAGAAGGAGA